UGGACUCCCUUCCCCAAAAGUCACCAACAAGUCAUAUAAAACAAGCGGACAUUGUCAUGAUCACUCCACCAGAACAGCUGCUCUCGUACAGGUCGAGGCGAUCUGUUAAGAACAGCUGCAAGCUAGAUAUAUUCUCAAUACUAUCAGAUGAGAUUGUGCUGAUGAUUCUGCAGUGGCUGCCAAAAAGGACAUUGUCAGUGUGUGCGAUGGUGUGUCAGCGCUGGCGGCGUGUCGUGUAUGACGAGUCACUCUGGGAACGUAUUGAUCUCACCAAUCAGGUAUUAAGGCCUGAUCAGGUUGGCUACGUGCUACAGCGCAAUCCUGCCAUACUGCGGAUGUCACAGGUUGAGGUUGUUUCUCCAUUAUUCAAAGAAAUUGCUUCUACAAUGGAAGACUUUCUGUGUCAUGUCCAGUAUCUUGAUCUCAGUAUGGCACUAAUAUCACCCAAAGAUUUGGCAGAACUACUGGGAAAAUGUAGAGAUCUUAAGAAACUAAGCCUGGAGCACUGCAUUACUGACACAAAUGUUUGCUUGAGCAUUGCUGCCAACACGGAGCUGGAAGUUCUCAACAUGUCUCAAUGUUACCAACUAGAUGUGGCCGGUUUGGAAGAAAUACUGGUCAACUGUACUGAGUUGUUGGAGCUGAACCUGGCCUGGACAAAGUUAGACAGUGACUGUAUUGAUGUUGUGUGUAAACUAGUCAACGAAAAUAUUCGGCAGCUCAACUUAAGUGGUUGCCUCAAAUUCAUGAAAGACAGCCACGUGAAGGAGCUGGUAUCACGCUGUUCCUGUAUCACACAGUUGGAUCUCAGUGAUUGUACGGAACUCACUGAGCUCAGCCUGGAGGCCAUCAGCAAGUAUCUCUGUGAUAUCGAACAGUUGUCCUUCAGUCGAUGCUAUAACAUCCUGCCCAACAGAUACGUAAAACUAGUAAAUAUAAAAUCACUCCAGUACCUGAACAUCUUUGGCCUAAUGCAUUCAGACCAACUUGAAACAUACAAACAGACCUUCAAGUCAGUUCAACUCAACGAACAAGAAUUUUCUACCAUCGCCAGGCCAACUGUGGGUAUUCGGCGUACAUCCAUCUGGGGCCUCAGGGUUCGGGAUUGAAGUUCAGAAGCUGCAUUCCUGUUCAUCAGACUGUUUUCAUUCCUGUAUUAACAAAGUUGGUUGUAUUAGAUUUUGUUACUUGUUUAUAAAAUAUCAAAUGAGUUAUAUUGCGUUCAGUCAUUAUAACUGUGUUAAGAAUGUUAAAACUCAUUUUUACCAAAGUUAUCAGGAAUAGUUAUGUAUAGUUUGAAUAUAUUGUGAACAAGUUCAAUAUUUCCUAAUCUAUCUAAAGCAAAUCCAUAGUGUUACUAUCCUCAAAGAGUUCAAGUUUUUCAUGAAUCUAUUCACUGAAUAAUUCACCGACUGGCACAUAAAUCCAUUGUUUGACAACUGACAAUCGCAAAAAAAAAUUUCAAGAUUUUUUUGUUAUUGCAAGGAAUACAAACAUUACUUUGUAAUAAUUUGUAGAUUAAUGGUAUUUAACUCUAACUGGCAAUUUUUUUAUAUCUUCUGGAAAGCAGAUACUUAUAAAAUUAAAUAUUAAUACAUUGCCGAUGAUUUAGUUUCAAAACAAGUAUAAUUGUGACUAAAAAGAUCAUCGCCCUAAAUAAUGAAAUCAGUUUUUAUUUUAUUAUUGUAAACUUUUUCCUCUUUGUAUAGUUAUGACAGGCUUCUAUGUGCUAAUGUCUGUAACCAGCUGACCAGGUUCAAUCACAUGGUUUACAUAUAAAAGACAUUAUUUGUAAAAAUAAAGACUAAAUUGGUAAAUUAAAUGUUACUUGUAUGUAUCUAUAAUAUUUUAAGCUUGCAGAGUUGCAUCUUAUUCCUAAUAACUUAACUAUCACAACAACUGUGAAAGAACUUGUUUGAUUGAUUUCAGUUUACUAGACCGCUACUAGUUCCGUAAAAAUACUUUACCACACACUAUCACAGUAUAUAACGCAUUCUAGUCUCAAAUCUUUCUCCUGUAUCGACUGAAUUGAAUACAGAUUUGUGUAGCUUUUUUGUCCAGGGAAAUAUAAUAGAUGCAGAUUUCUAUAAAGGUUUCAAAUAAUCUCUAACUUCAUUUUGAAUAAUAACAAGUAAUGUGAAAAAAGUAAAAAAUUUUCACUGUCAACUGUAUAAGCAUUCAAACAUUUUUAUGUAGAAAACACAAAAGGACAUUAGAAUGGCUUUCCACCAAAUACAUAAAAAAAUAAAACUCAUUGGGACACUUUUGAGGUUAAAAACUGGCACUGUUUACAAAGCAACAUUUGUUCCACCCACAUACAUUUAUUCCUCCACUACAGCACAUGUGGCAUAGUCCUUUCUCUUUCUCAUUAAAUGGCUGACACUUAAACUGCCAAAUUUCCAUUAGUGUUUUAGACAGACAAGGGAACAUGCCACACUUGCAAGUAGUUCAUAUUAUUUAAACCAGGUAGCAUCACCACCCAGAAAAACAAAAACUUGCCAUUUUUUGCAUAGCUCUUUCAUUUACUUAGGCUAUGUGUUUACUACUGUUUUUAUGUUAAUUACAUUUGUUGUCUAUUUUGUAACUUAUAUAUUAUAGUAAAGUAAAAAAAAAACUGUACUGGUUUCAUUCAAGUUUUGUAAACGUAACAAUUGUUAUCUUCAUCAGCAUGAUUAACCCUUUUGAGUGUUUGGUUUGCCGAAAAAGAUUUUUUUUUUAACAACUUCAUGCCAGUUGCCAAAUCUUGUUAAAAAUGUUCUCAUUGUUGCUAGUUGUAUAUCAAGGUUCUGACUUAAAUACCAUUAUUUUAAAUUACUUUUCAGUUAAAGUUUUAAGAAAUAAUUUAGUUAAAUAUUUGUAGUAUGUAUGAUCUCAACUUUAAUUUUUUGGGUGCUUUUGAUUGGGAAAUGCUUAUAUGUAUCUAUCCUAUCUUUAAGAAUGGUUUUAAAAGGUUAAAACUGUAAAUAAUGAAAUAAAAUGUACAUUUCAUUUUCAACUCUUGUUAAUUUUCAAGAGAAAUGCUGAUUGCAUUUUAAGAUAUAAUUUUGUAGUAUAAAAUAUUUAUACCAUGCUGGAUUAGAUAUUUUAUGUAAGUAAUUAUUAUGCAAGAUAAAUUCCUAAUUAUCUAGCUUCUAAGAUCCUAUAUGAUUAUUUUUAUGUAGUACUUUUCAGCUGUCUUAUAGAAUGAAAUACUUUCUAUUAUUUAUUUUAUUUCCAUACAAUCGUAUAAACAUUAAUCAAGUAUAAUAAAUUAUCCUAGCUUUUGACAUUUCAAAUGAGCAUAAAUUAUUGAUGCCUUUGAGUAAAAUAUUGAACUGAAAUGGCAGAUCUUGUUCCAGUUUGUAUUUUAUGAUCUCUAAAGGUACUGAACUUCAGAACAAUGGAAUGGUAACAAUCAAUAAACAUUUGUUAUUUAUUAAAAAGGAGUAGUGACAUAUUUAUAUUACAGUAUUAACCAUUAUGAGUAUGAAUAUUGAAAAUGAUUGUUUUGUCUUUUACUUUUCACUUGCAUAUUUGAAUAAGUAAUUUAUUUCGUGGUCGAAAUAAUAUUUGUUACAAUAAUUAUUGACCUUAGUUGUUAUGUAAGUGAUCAGUAUACUGUACUCAUUUUUUGUGUCACUGUUGCAUAUGUUCUGUAAUUGGUUGUCUGUUAUCAGCAGCUUGGUAAAGAAAGUCUGAUAAAAUAAGGGUUUUGCUCAAUGCACAUGAAUUUUUCCUCAUUGGUGCUUAGUAGUUUAUAAAAUAGUUUAGUCUAGUAUAUACAGUGUGUUCACGAACACAUUGCCAAGGUGACCUUACACCAUGUAGUUUUAGGUUUCAUGUAUAAGAAGACUAUCAAGAGCUAGUGUAUUCAUAAAUUUAGAAAGUUAUUUCAUAAUAAGAGAUAAUGGUUAUUUUUAUAUUCUAUGAAUAUCAAUAGAUAUAUUAAACUACCAGAAUAAUAAAGUUGUUUUCUUGUUUA